GAUACUACAUUGCCAGUAUAGCCUAAAUUAUCUUCUUGCUACAAAUCCAAGUAUAAUUACAGGAAACCUUUAACAUUCAGUUAAAAGGCAUCAACUUUUAAACUGGAAUCAUGAGCUGUUUGACGCUGUGCACACUGGAAAAUGACACCAGGCAAUUGAUUUGCGAUUUCCUGAAAGACUUCACCACAAAAUCUACCCAACGAUUGGUGGAGAGCAAAGCAUUGUCAACUAUGAAAAGAGUGGUAAAAGGCAUUUUAGACAAACACAGACAUGCAUUCAGUGGCAUGAUCAACAACCUCUCUUUUGAAAACGGAGUAUAUAAUAUUGGAGUUGUUGGGGCAGUGGCCAGGAGCCUCUUCAGAGAUGGCACCUCCAACUGGGGUCGAAUAGUUAGCCUGGUUGCAUUUGGGGCAGUGCUUUGUCAGCACCUAAAGGAGAAAGGCUGGGAGAACACGGUGGACCAGGUUGGACAGGAGAUCGCCUCAUACCUGUUGUCUUAUCAGAAAGACUGGCUCCUGAAAAACAACUCCUGGGAUGGCUUCGUGGAAUUCUUCCAAGGACAAGAGCCAGAGAAGGCAAUUAGAUGUACACUUCUUGGCUUUGUUGGGUUUGCAGGACUUUGGGCAACACUUGCCUUACUGAUGAGAUAUUUUCUCAGGUUUGUGUGGUAGAAAAACUGAGUUAUGAUCCUCAACCCC